CUACGGUUAAAACAUCAAAUGAAUUAUACAGAUAAAAUGUAAAUUGUGUAAAAAGAGAUAGUUGUAAAGACAUAAAUACGUCUAUCAAAAUGUACUCAACAAAAACACCUUCUUUAAGAAUUGAUGAAGCUGAUCUUAAGUGUAAGAAUGGUUGUGGAUUUUAUGGAAAUGCUGAAUGGGAAGGUUAUUGCAGUAAAUGUCAUCGAGAAUAUUUGCAAAAGCAAAGAUCACAAACAGAAUGUAGUGCCCAUGGACAGGGAUACGAUUUGGCUUCUUCUAACAAAGGAGCUCACCAAAAGUAUGAAGAGAAAAAAGUACAACAAGAAAAGAAAUAUAAGUUAUUAAAUAUAUCUUUUCGUAAACCAGUUGCUAAAGUACAGGGAUAUCAAGUGUUACUUUAUGAAUUAACAAAAGACAAUCCUGAUCUUGAAAAAGUAAAGGCAGAAAAUCGUGAUCUAAUAGCUAUAAUUGCUAAAACACCAAUAGAGAGAGAUGUCAGGAAAUGUAUGCAUUCAUUUAUAAUUGAAAUACUUCAAAAUAAAGAUGUUAAAAAAAUAGAGGAACUCUCUGAGAUUACUCAAAAUUUUUAUCAAGGAUUUGCUAAACGUUUAGAAAAUAGUGCCAAAUAUGCAGAUAUAACACCAGAAAUUAAAGAAAAAUUGUUGGAUUAUGUAGAAAAAUAUGCAAUGACUUUACUGUACAGAAUUCUUUUUUGUCCACCUUUUACGAGUGAUGAAGAAAAAGACUUAGCAAUACAAAAAAGAAUCCGUAAAUUGAACUGGGUUAGUGGAAAAAAUUUAGAAUGUCAAAUACAUGAAACCAGUUCUGAAGUUAGAGAACUUGUUUAUACUUCUAUAACAGAUUUAUUAAACAUGGAUUCUGCAAAGGCUCCACAAGAAAAACUUUCUUGCAUUAUUUAUUGCUGUCGAAAUAUAUUUUUAAUGUUACAACAAUCUGUUGGUGGACCUGCAUCUGCAGAUGAAUUCCUUCCUGCUUUAAUUUUCAUUGUUUUAAAAGCUAAUCCUGCUCGACUUAAAAGUAAUAUUAAUUUUAUCACUAGAUUCUGUAAUGCAAGUAGACUGAUGACAGGGGAAGGUGGAUAUUACUUCACAAAUUUGUGCUGUGCUGUAUCUUUUAUUGAAAAUUUAACAGCAGAAUCAUUGAAUAUGGAUGAGAAAGAUUUCAAUGCUUAUAUGUCUGGGGAAUGUGUACCUGCUAAUACAUGGGAAUCUGCAUUAAUGAUAUGUGAAAGUUUACAUUUAAUGUGUGAGGACAUAACACUUCUUGAUGAAAUGAAAGCCAAAACUACAGAAAUAAUGAAUGAAACAUUAAAUUUAAAAGAAAAACUAUUACAAUUUCAAGAAGAAAUGGAGUCAGAAGUAAAUACAGUCUUAGAUAAAACUCCACUGCUGAUUACACACAGUCAAAGAUUACCUACUAAUUUAGAUUGUGAAGAUAUUGAAAGUUAUCAGCUACCACCUCCAAUUAUUCCACAAAUUUAUCCUGCUACAAUUAGUAAUUCCACACCACAAAAUGAUGUAAAAACUUCUUUAAUAGAAGAUUGUGUUACACCAUCUCCAACUUUUGAUUUUCCUUCUUUCAUUGGUGAUGACAGUUUUGAUGUAAGCAAAGCAGAAGAUGAAACUAGUCUUAUAAGUUUAGAUACGCAAAGUGAUUUCGAUACACAACAAGAAAAAUCUUCAAAUGAAUUAUUAGUAUCUACUCAUUUAAAUUUACCAUGUACUACAGAAUCAGAACAAGAAGAUUAUCAUGGAUUCACAGUGCAAGGUUCAAAUAUACCUACUAUUCCUUGUAGUACUGGAGAUUUAUCUUUGAACUCUGCUGAAGUAGACAAUGAAAAUUACGCAACUUAUUUUCAUAAUGUAUAA